GGGUGCUCACUUUAUCAAAAAGUAAAUAAAACACAGAAGAAGCCACGUAGUCAUCCAUGAGUGAGAAAUAUGAAUGGCCGUGGUUUCAUCAUCACUAUUGAAAGGAAAAUAGAAAGAGAUAACACAAACUACAGAAUUGCAAUUUGAUUGUUUAUUACAGCAACUUCACCAUCCAAUCCAUGGCACUCGCUCAAGCUCCAACUUCUGCUUCUCUUUCCGUCUCUCUUCGCCAUGCUCGUGUUUUCACCACAAGAAAUGUCUCUCCAGCAUCUGCUCAGUUUCCGAAACCCAGUUUGGCUCCAGUUCGAGCCUCCUUCGCCACUGGUUCGCCACUAAUGAUUCGGAGAAAUUAUGAAAGGAAAACAGCGUGCAAAGCAAUGCCAGUUUCGAUAAGAUGUGAACAAAACGCUAAGGAUGGGAACGGUUUGGAUGUAUGGCUAGGCCGGGUAGCCAUGGUUGGCUUUGCAGUUGCCAUUACUGUUGAAGUUACUUCUGGAAAAGGACUCCUAGAGAACUUUGGACUUACAAGUCCAUUGCCUACAGUUGCCCUGGCCGUGACCGGACUGGUGGGUGUCUUGACGGCGAUUUUCAUCUUCCAGUCAGCCUCAGAGAACUGAUCAUAUAUUUAGGCUGGUUGUGUUUGUUGUAAAUUCUAUAGUUUCAAAUGGAAUUUUGUUUUUCAAGUAACAUUUUUAUAACUAUUUUGUUUUAAUAUUUGUAUGGAUGAAAAGAAUUUGCAUAAUUGAUUGAAAAGGUUGAAGUAA